CCAAACGUGAAACUGGUCAAGAAGCAGGAACUGCGCUGAAAAAUGUCUGGGGUGGAACUGUAGCUCCUGCCCCCACCGGCCACGCCGAGUCCUGACUGGCCAGUUUUUCGGGUUUCUUUAGUGAGUAGUCACAGACAGGUAGAGAGAGAGAGAGAGAGAGACAGGUAGAGAGAGACACAGACACAGAGAGAGACACAGCGACCGCCGGGGAGGACAGGAUGAAACACUAACUGGACGAAUCCUUUGUCCGAGGACGUUAAAGCAGACCGUGUUGACCAGUGUGUGAACUCUCUCAGGAUGAGUCGGCCGCGUGCGGACUCCCUGGAUUCCCUGGGGCCGGAUGAUGAGGUCGUGCCGUACAGUGAUGAUGAGACUGAUGACGAGUUGGAGCAGGAUGAAGAUGAAGAGGAGGUGCAGCCGACCGUCCCAGCAGCAGAGCCUGAAGCUGGAUGGCAAGUCAAAGUGAACGACCGAGACUUUUGCAAACUUCCAGAAUUCAAGAAGAAGUCCUUUCUGUGCUUUAAGAAGAGCAAAUACUCAGGAAACGCUAUCAAGACCUAUAAGUACAACGUCUUGACCUUCCUCCCUCUGAACCUGUACGAGCAGUUUAAGAGAGCAGCCAACCUCUACUUCCUUGCCUUGCUCAUCUUACAGAUCAUCCCACAAAUCUCCACGCUGCCCUGGUACACCACACUGGUGCCCUUAGUGUUGGUGCUCGGCAUCACUGCUGUUAAAGACCUGAUAGAUGACCUGGCUCGGCACAGGAUGGACAAAGAAAUCAACAACAGGAAGUGUGAGGUGCUCCUUGGUGGCAGGUUUCAGGAGGCCAAGUGGAUGGACAUUCAAGUUGGUGACGUAGUUCGACUGAAGAAAAACGACUUCAUUCCUGCAGACAUUCUGUUACUGUCCAGCACUGAACCAAACAGCCUGUGCUAUGUGGAGACAGCAGAACUUGAUGGAGAGACUAAUCUGAAGUUUAAGAUGGGACCAAAGGUGACUCAUGAGAGACUUCAAGAGGAGAGUCAGCUGGCGGCUUUUGAUGCUAUGAUCUUGUGCGAGGAACCAAAUAACCGGCUGGAUAAGUUUACGGGCACCAUGAAGUGGAGGAGGGAGAUGUACCCACUGGACCUGGACAACAUGCUUCUCCGAGGCUGCAAGCUCCGCAACACAGAGGAGUGCCGCGGACUCGUGAUCUUCGCAGGAGCGGACACUAAGAUUAUGAGGAAUGGUGGAAAGACGAGGUUCAAGCGCACCAAGAUAGACUUCCUAAUGAACUACAUGGUCUACACGAUCUUUGUGGUGCUGGUCCUGGUGUGUGCUGGGCUGGCGAUCGGACACUCGUUCUGGUAUCAGGAGAUCGGCAGUUUGGCUUGGUAUCUGUAUGAUGGCAAAAGCGACACGGCCUCCUACAGAGGCUUCCUCAGCUUCUGGGGCUACAUCAUCGUCCUCAACACCAUGGUGCCCAUCUCGCUCUACGUCAGCGUGGAGGUGAUUCGGUUGGGGCAGAGUAAGUUUAUAAACUGGGAUUUACAGAUGUAUUACGCUGAGAAGGACACGCCGGCCAAAGCCCGCACCACCACUCUGAACGAGCAGCUCGGCCAGAUCGAAUAUAUUUUCUCCGACAAGACGGGCACGCUCACACAGAACAUCAUGGCCUUCAAGAAGUGCACCAUCGGCGGACGCACAUACGGGAACCCUAUGAGUGCAGAUGGUGUGGCGCUGGAGCGCGGGAAGCUUGCCGACUUCAGCUGGAAUAAGUACGCCGACCGGAAGUUCCAGUUCUAUGACGGUCACCUCAUUUCGUGCAUCUGCUCGAAGAAGGACGCUGAGAUGAUGGAGUUCUUCAAGCUGCUCUCUCUCUGCCACACUGUGAUGGUGGAGCAGAAAGAUGGUGAGCUGGUGUAUCAGGCCGCGUCACCAGACGAGGGCGCUCUGGUCACCGCAGCACGUUGCUUUGGCUUUGUGUUCCUGUCUCGCACACAGGACUCCAUCACUGUCAGUGAAAUGGGCACAGAGAACACGUACGAAAUGCUGGCUCUGCUCGACUUCAACAGCGACCGAAAGCGCAUGUCCAUCAUCCUGAGGUUCCCUGAUGGCCGUAUCAGACUGUAUUGUAAGGGAGCCGACACGGUGAUCUACCAGCGACUCAAUCCCAGCUCCAAACACAAAGAAACCACGCAGCAUGCUCUGGAUGGCUUUGCCAACGAGACCCUGCGGACGCUGUGCUUGUGUUAUAAAGACAUCAGUGCUGCUGACUAUAACUCAUGGGCUCAGAAACACAAGGAAGCCAGCGUGGCCAUGAGCAACCGCGAGCAGGCACUGGACAGUGUCUACGAGCUCAUCGAGACUAACUUGAUGCUGAUUGGAGCAACGGCCAUUGAAGACAAGCUUCAAGAUGGAGUUCCAGAGACCAUCGCCAAACUGGCCAAGGCUGACAUCAAGAUAUGGGUUCUGACCGGAGACAAGAAAGAAACUGCUGAGAACAUUGGCUACUCUUGUGAGCUGCUGACAGAUGAUAUGCAGAUCUACUAUGGAGAGGAUGUGAACGAGAAGCUUUCUGGCCGGAUGAUGAGGAGGCGGAACGAGCCUGAUGGAGGCCGCAAUAAGAAAGCGAAGGAACCCUUUUUCACUGGAGACGGCAAAAAUGCUCUCAUCAUCACUGGAGGCUGGCUGAAUGAGAUUCUGUGUGAGAAGAAGAAGAAGCGCCGUCGUCUGCGUCUGCGGCGUCUGGGGAAGCGUCCGCGUCCCACUAACCCGCAGGACGGCCAGCCUGCCGACGACUGGGAGAAGGAGCUCAGGCAGAAGGACUUUGUGGACAUGGCCUGCGAGUGCAGCGCGGUUAUCUGCUGCCGUGUGACCCCCAAACAGAAAGCCAACGUGGUCAGCCUGGUCAAACGAUACAAGAAUGCCGUCACCCUGUCCAUCGGAGACGGAGCCAAUGAUGUCAACAUGAUCAAGACUGCGGACAUCGGCGUGGGCAUUAGUGGCCAGGAGGGCAUGCAGGCGGUGAUGUCUAGCGACUACGCCUUUGCUCAGUUCCGCUACCUACAGCGCCUCCUGCUGGUGCACGGCCGCUGGUCCUACAUCCGCAUGUGCAAGUUCCUGCGCUUCUUUUUCUACAAGAACUUCGCCUUCACCCUCGUUCACUUCUGGUACUCCUUCUUCAACGGAUACUCGGCACAGGUUGCGUAUGAAGACUGGUUCAUCACUCUUUACAACGUGCUGUACAGCAGUUUGCCUGUGCUGCUCGUCGGGCUGCUGGACCAGGACGUGAACGACACACUGAGUUUGCGUUUUCCAAAGCUGUAUCUUCCGGGCCAGAAGGGGGCGCUGUUUAAUUACAGAAACUUCUUCAUUAGUCUGUUCCAUGGCAUCUUCACGUCCCUCAUCAUCUUCUUCAUCCCGUACGGAGCCUUCCUGCAGACGAUGGGUCAGGACGGAGAGGCUCCGUCUGACUACCAGUCCUUCGCCGUGGUAACCGCAUCCUCGCUCAUCAUGAUAGUCAACCUUCAGAUCUCUUUGGACACCUCCUACUGGACAUUUGUGAACUGCUUCGCUGUGCUGGGCAGCAUAGCCAUUUAUUUUGGCGUAAUGUUCGACAUACAGAGCGCAGGAAUACACGUCCUCUUCCCUUCCGCCUUCACGUUCACUGGUGUGGCUUCAAACUCUCUGAGGCAGCCCUACCUGUGGCUUACCAUCAUUCUAACGGUGGGCAUCAGCCUCCUGCCGGUCAUCUGCAUCCAGUUCCUCUGUAAAACCAUCUGGCCCACUGAAGGAGACAAGGUUCAGAGACACAAGAAGAAGUAUGAGCUGGAGGAGGAGGUGAAGAAGAAGCCUCCGGCGUUCCAGCGUGGUGGUCGUUCGCGGCGCUCUGCAUACGCUUUCUCCCACUCCCGUGGUUACGCUGACCUCAUCGCGUCCGGACGCAGCAUUCGGCAGAAGCCACGAGCACGUCCUGAGCUUCGGGACAGCAUUCGUGAAGCUCCACAAGCCGAGAACAUCUGAGACACAACUUCACCGUGACUGUUUCGCCACAAACCCGACCGACCCCCCCAAAACGAACUGUUCCCUGUGUAGAACUGAAUUUCUCUCAUUCGGACCUCGUGCAGAUCAUCAGUGUCGCGUCUAAGACCUUCUGAAUGUUAAAGUCGCACGUAGCUUUUGUGCAAAAACCCCUUAAAAACAGAGAUGCUGAUAAGACAGAAACGAUGUGCUGUAAAACAAACGGUCACAAACUUUGGCUCAGUUUUAAAAGCAGAACAGAAAAGUCAUUUGACUUUAACUGUCUGAACAGCCAUCUGCUCAGGUUCCGUCCUAGUUUAGCUCUUAACCAUUUCCCCUAGACCACUUGCUCUCCUCCCUUCUUUCUAUUGUAAAUUAAACAGAGCCCAAAGUGAAGGGAGUGCAGAAAGUGACCUGCAGGCGUAAUGGACUGGACGGGCUGACUGCAGAGGAUGGGUGUGCAGAUUGAGCCCCUGGUUUAUAUGGAUUAUAGUUUAUAAUAAAAAAAGAGCAACAAAGAAGCUCUUCUGUUUCCAGGGUUUACAGGAAUGGGGAGAGAACAAGACAAGUUCUCAAUGAAGCUCACUUGCAGAAACGACCUGGUCACUGCCGCUGGUUUUAAAGUCAUGCACUAAACGAUAAACUGUUUCUCAGGAUUUUAUUUUUUCACCUUUUAAAGAUGCGUUCUGUAGGAUUUCUGGGUACCUUUUGUACCGAAACAGGAUAAAAGGCAGAAGGGAUGGUUUUGGUGAAUAAUUGGUUCAGAACACUAUAGUAAAAGUGAAAUUAUUACAAAAUAACAAAUAAAUGAUACAUGAAUCGGAUCAUAUUUCCUUUGGUUUUCUAAGCACUACAGAGUAGAAUUAUUUAGGAAGAGAUUUUGUUCGUAUUUAUGCUGAAAAGUGCCGUUGACUUAUGAGAUUUGUAUGAAGUUAUAAAAGUCGUUAUACUUGUUGGCCCAGUAUCCCCAGUUGCAAACUUCUAAAUGAGUCACCAACAGGUUUUACACCUUUGUUCCUGAUGGCUUUCCAAAAAAGACACAACAAAUCAGAAACCUCAUAUCUCCAAAACGGUAAGUUUACAGGAGAGGGAAAAAACUUACUUUACUUUUAAUGUAAGUCAGU